AUGAUGCUGCACUCUGUGAAUGUUUUCCUGCUCUGGUCUUUUUGUGUGGCACAGUUGAGUGACAUCUCUCAGCCUGUUGCGUUACAAACAGUGAAGCUUGGAGAGUCGGCGACCAUUGAAUGUUACAUAAAGAGUGAACUUAAACAAAGAGUGUGGUACAAAUUCACUACAGGGGAGGGACUUCAGCUUGUGGUGGCAAUCCAUUAUUACUACAACCAGACUGUAUUUGCUGAUGAAUCUCAUUCCCGUUAUUCAGUCAAGUUUGACAGAAUCAACAGUCAUCUGAGCAUUUCUGCAACAACAUGGGAAGACGCUGGAACAUACUUCUGCGGAGUCAUGCAGUUUAAAGACAUUCAGUUUGGAUCAGGAACCUUUUUGAUGCUGAAAGGUGCAAAUGUGAUGAGUGACUCUGGCGUCCAGCAACCAGAGUCUGAAUCAGUCCAGCCUGGAGACUCUGUGACUCUCAGCUGUUCUGUUCCCACUGGCCGCUGUGCAGAAGAUCACAUUAGUGUCACAUGGCUGAAAACCUCUCAUCACUCUGCCCCACAAAUGAUUUACUCCUCUGGAGAAAAUACCUUCCAGAGUGGAGGGACUACCUGCCUGUACAGCCUUCUAAUGAGGAACCUCAGCUCGGACGACGCUGGAACCUACUACUGUGUUGUGACUUCAUGUGGACGGACACUGUUUGGAAAUGGGACCAGGAUUAAUAUUCACAACAAUGCUCUGACCGAACCAGCUGAGCUGAGUCCAACUGUUACUGCUCUGAUGCUGUCAAACAUCAUUCUUGGGAUUGUAACACUCAUCCUUAUAUGGACAACAUGCAAGAAUCAGAGAAAAUAUUCCUCAGAGCCAACUGAUGGAUCUUCUGAAGGCAACCAGACUGGUGAGGCACUUAUCUAUGCACCUGUGUGUUUGGCCCCCAGAAGACUCCCACCAACUCAAGCUACAGGGAAGUACAGUGGAGACUCUGUAGUUUAUUCUGACAUCAGAUACUGUCAAAGGAAGCAAGAAGUUUCAUCUUGGGAAUCUCCUAUGGACACUUUAUAUCAAUCGUCAUUACAUUUCCGAUCGGAUGAUUUUGGGGAAAGUGUGACUCUGCCAUGCGUCUGUGAUGAUGCAGCGGUGUUGUUUUACUGGUAUAAGCAAACUCCGGGACAGAAACCAAAGCUGGUGUCUACAUUCUAUAAGUAUGACAAUAACGGCACCUUCCACCAUGAAUUUAAGAACAAUCUACGUUUCUCACUGGAAACUGAAAGCGGUAAAAGUCACUUGAAGAUUUUGGAUCUGAAAAUUUCAGACUCAGCCACUUACUAUUGCGUAGAGAGCAAUUUGGUUAACUUUAAAUUUUGCAACGGCGUUACUGUCAAUGUCCAGGGUUCAGGUUUGAACCUCCCAGUUUUGGUCCACCAGUCAUUAUCUAAUUCCAUCCAGCCUGGAGGCUCUGUGACUCUGAACUGUACAGUUCACACUGGGAUCUGUGAUGAACAACACAGUGUUUACUGGUUCAAAGACUCUGAAGAAUCUCAUCCAGGACUCAUUUACACCCAUGGAGGCAGGAAUGAUCAGUGUGAGAGGAAACCCAACACACAAACACACACCUGUGUCUACAACCUGCCAAUGAAGAGCCUGAAUCUGUCUCAUGCUGGGACCUACUACUGUGCUGUUGCCUCAUGUGGACACAUACUGUUUGGAAACGGCACCAAGCUGGACUUUAAGGAUGACAGGGGCUCUCUGGUCUUGGUGUACUUUUUGAGUGGAGCGUUGGCGUUCACCAACAUCCUGGUUGUUUUACUGGCUUUCUCAGUGUAUAAGAUGAACAAAAGAAACAGCCAAAGUGCAGAGCGUAAUGUAACAUUUUCAGCAAGUUCCACUCAGAAUACAGCGUUAUGUCAAGACGCAGAGAACCUCCAUUACGCUGCUUUGAGGGAUCACAACCGCAACAGAUCAAGAAGACCGAGGGACAACACCCAGACUGAAUGUGUGUACUCCGGCGUAAGGCCGUAGAGCUGGACAUGAUUCUGUGAACCAAGACAUCUGCUAUUGCUCCUGGAACAUCAACACUUAUGAGUUCAAAAAUGCAAUGAAUACAAAGGCUUGCUUUGCAAGAAAAGCUCUCCUACUGAAAAAAACACUGCAAGACUUUCACUGAUUAUAUCAAAUGUUACAGAACUACAGUGCUGCUGCUUUUAGCUACUCUGACAGUUUCAAAAUUCAAACCAGGCCAGCAUCACGGACAUCA